UUGGUUCAUGGUGCGGAAACGGCUAAAGUAGAAAACGCAACUGUGGUCGCAGAUGGUGAGAGCGGCCAGAACGGAAAAGUCAUGUAUUGCGUCGUGGGCGGCGCUCAUGCUUUCAUACUAAGGAUAUCCAGUUUCUUCGGACUCGCUCCCUUGAGGUUUGAGUCAAGGAGUCAUGGCUUCUCCGUGAGGAUGUCAAACCCGAUGUGCAUUUACAGUUACAUACUGGUGACUGUCUUAGUAAUAUGUACCGUGUUCGGUUUAGUGGCUGAAAUAAACGUCGGUGUCGAGAUGUCUGUUCGAAUGUCAUCUACGAUGUCGCAGUUUGUGUCGACUUGCGACGUUUUAGUCGUGGUGAUUACAGCGGGAGCGGGAGUCUACGGUGCUCCUAAGAGAAUGAGAAAUAUGCUAAAGUUUAUGGAGAGUGUCGCCUCUGUAGAUACAAGUAUUGGAGCACAUUACUCUUUGGUUGCUGAGAGGAAGUUGUGUGCUAUCCUGCUCGCGAUACUCAUAUUUUUUUCCGUUCUUAUUGCUGAUGACUUCUGUUUUUAUGCGCUGCAGGCCAAAAAAUUUGACAGACAAUGGGAAGUUGUCACCAACUACAUCGGUUUCUAUUUGCUGUGGUAUGUAGUGAUGAUUCUGGAGCUACAGUUUGCGUUCACAGCGCUUUCAGUACGAGCGAGAUUCCAAGCUGUAAACGACGCUCUUGCGUUGACUGCGAGGCACGUGUCUGUUUCUGUAGAGAAAGUCAAGGAGCCUACUCCGAUGAACAUGUUUGCUAUUCAAAUCGGAGAGCGUCGGGAGCAGCCUCAACCACAUCCAGUCAUUGUUAGAAAUACAGUGAGUGGAGAGCCUAAAUUAAUAGUUCCACCGUGUGAAGCCAUCAGACGUCUGGCUAGUCUUCACGGAUCCUUGUGUAACGUGGUGCACCGUAUUGACAACAGCUAUGGCUUACCGCUGAUAGUGAUUCUCAUAUCGACGUUGCUGCACUUGAUUGUUACACCGUAUUUUUUAAUCAUGGAAAUUAUUGUUUCAGCACAUAGAAUACAUUUUCUGGUGUUACAAUUCCUUUGGUGCAUGACGCAUCUUAUACGGAUGUUCGUAGUCGUGGAGCCUUGUCAUUACACUAUUACAGAGAGUCGUAGAACCGAAGUAUUGGUGUGUCGUCUGAUGACGUCUACUCCAUCCACUGGGAUGCUUCCUUCACGGUUGGAGCUGUUCUCAAGACAGCUGAUGCUUCAAUCCAUCAGUUACACUCCAAUGGGAAUGUGCACUCUCGAUCGACCGCUUGUUGCAUCGGUACUAGGAGCUGUGACCACUUACUUAGUUAUAUUAAUACAGUUUCAAAGAUACGAUACGUAA